UCCAGCAGUUCCUUCGUGGCCGGCUUCCGUCCGGCUCACAGCCGGGGCUUCCUGCGUUCUGUGUCUCGUUGGCCAGUUUUCGGGUCUGUUCUCACCACGUGGCCAUUUCGUCGCCCGAGGGGUGCUUACCCCCUUUUGCCGUCGGGUAGUAGCGACCCGACGUGGCGCCGGGGAGACGGCCUGAGCCGGUCUGAGAGCACCCGCGCGUGCAGCUUGGCAGCCUGGCGACCUGGCGCCCUCCCCUGCUCCCGGCCUGCCCGGGGGCCGCCGACUCCCCUCCGACCGAGCGUGGCCUCCGAGGGCAUGUGGUCCGGGCCAAGCGUUUUCGGUUCUCGGAGGAGCCGGGCCUGGGAGCUGAGGGGGCCGUGCUGGAGGUCCGCGUCCCGGAGGUCCUGCAUCUUCAAUAUGGAAUGUAUGUUUGGCCCUGUGCUGUGGUCCUGGCCCAGUACCUGUGGUUUCACAGAGGAUCUCUGCCAGGAAAGGCUGUCUUAGAGAUAGGAGCUGGAGUGAGCCUUCCAGGAAUUAUGGCUGCAAAAUGUGGUGCUGAAGUAAUACUGUCAGACAGCUCAGAGCUGCCUCACUGUCUAGAGAUCUGUCAGCAAAGCUGCCAAAUGAAUAACCUGCCUCAGGUGCAUGUUGUGGGACUCACGUGGGGUCAUGUAUCUCGGGAUCUUCUGGCUCUACCACCGCAAGACAUUAUUCUUGCAUCCGAUGUAUUCUUUGAACCAGAAGACUUUGAAGACAUUUUAACUACAGUUUACUUUUUGAUGCAGAAGAACCCCAAGGUCCAAUUGUGGUCUACCUACCAGGUGAGAAGUGCUGACUGGUCACUUGAAGCUUUGCUCUACAAGUGGGACAUGAAAUGUGUCCACAUUCCUCUGGAGUCUUUUGGUGCAGACAAAGGAGAUAUAGCAGAAUCUGCCCUUCCAGGAAGACAUACUGUUGAAAUGCUGGUCAUCUCCUUUGCAAAGGACAGUCUCUGAAUUAUACCUAAAAACUGUUUUGGGACAAUGUCAAUACUGAUUAGCAACCUGGCAAGCCAACUGUGUGACUCAGACCACUUCAGCUUGAGUACAGUGGAUCUGAAGAUGGUCAGAUCUGUUGGCUUUAGAUUGUGAUGGGUCACAUAACCAUUGAAACAAAAAUUAAAACUCCUAUAAGAAAAAGAACUUCGAUUGUUCCUAAGUCAUUAAAACAGGGCAUAAAUUAGGUUAUGAGAAGAGAAUUACUUAAAACCUUAACAAAGUGCUACCUUAGAGCAUUGAGGAUAGUCAGGUACUGAACUGGCAUUUCCACUUUAUAACUUAGGGGGAAAAAAAUCAACUACUAAACAUUUCAGUUUCAUUCUAUACAGUCAGUAACAUUCACAAGAUAAUUGCACAGGUCUUUCAAAUAAACGGGGGAAAAAAGACCAAGACAUAUUCUGAGAAAAGCUAACACCAAGAAAACGUUUUAAUUAAACUACAGAAACAAUGGUUAUAGUACAGAAUAUUCAUGAGCAAAAAGAUACACCAUGUUAUAAGUACUUACAAAGUUACAAACCAUUUGUUUCCUUAACAUUUUCCACAUUUUAAGUUCAUACAUGAAGAUGAUCGGAUUUACCAUUUUUGUGGGGGAGAGGAAGAAAAAAAAAAGGUGUAUUUAUCAUCGCUAGAUGUGCUCACUGUAUGCUCCGUUAUUUAUAUGCAAGGCCCGGGUGACUGGAAGUGCAGUUGUCAGGCAUUUUAAUAAACUGGACAGCCAUUUGUUUCUGCACGACAGGCAUCUUUACACAGGAGCAAUCAGGAGAAAACAGGAAACAGCCAAGCACUCUGCACUGCAACACGCCACCUUAACAGCUAACCAGCAUUACUCAACUGCUACACAACUGCGCCUAGUGCACAAAAAUACAUAAGAGAAGAGAUUAGAAUUGUGUUUGGUAAACAAUCCUUUUUUAAAAAAAAAUCAAGUCUUUUCACCUGAAAAGUCUUUAUACAAAUUUGGGUUCAGUUUACCAUUUAGACCUGAAGGUAAAUAACAUAUACAAACAAUUUACACCAACUUUCGUAGGUUUUUAAUUUUAAGGUAUGAAGGCAAUGUUGAGUCAAUCUCUUGACAGCUUUAGGCUGUGUGUAAUGGCUGCACACGUUUCCUUAAAAGUCAGGAGGCCACAAAUUAGGUUACCAAUCUGUUUAAUUUCAAACAAAAAAAGUCAGCACUAUAUAAACAAAAAGGAAAUUUUACCUCAAAUAUCCAAGCCAAUAAUGAAAUCUGAAGUCGUUCACCUCACUAAAUUACAAGAAAUUUGAAUAACAGCAACAAAAUGGCACAUAAAAUGAGUUUGCCACCUGAGGCAAAGCUUAAAACAAGUAAAAAGUUAGACAAAAUGUUACAAAAUAACCUUUUCAAUAGCCAGUUGCUUGUUCCAAGGACUCUUCAGUGGACUGAGUACUACUGAGUACGUGGGUCCUUUUUCCCCAAGUCUUCCUUUAUGUUGCUUGUCGACACAUCUAGGUUUGAAAAGAAAGAAGUUCAGUUUACCUUCCAUUAUUAUGAAAUCAUCAAAGGUGCACAUGGUUUUAAUUUCAGUACUUACUAAGGAUCUGGUGAAACCAGUAGGUUACAGAAAGGUUCCAACCAGCCACUAAUCACAGUUUUUUAAAGGCCCAAUUAGGAAAAUUUCACAAAGGCUACCAUCAGCAUUAAAAGUUUGUUUAUGUAUUCUUGGCCAAAUAACCAAGGUGAAAAAUGGUAAGGGGGGAAAAAAGAAAAGAAAAAAAAAAGAGGGCUGUAUCCAAACAAAA